AUGGUUUUCGUUGAAAUGUUAUAAACGGUGGUCGCAAGAGAUUGCGCGUUCCAUUUAAUGAUCUUCCUUGGCUUUAAAAAUUCGGACUAGGCUGUAGCUGAGAAGUGAAUAUCAGCGCCGAUUCUGAUUGCACAUCUUCUAUCGCUUGUCAGGUUGUCUUCUUAUACCAUCACUCGGAAGCCUUGUUACCGUGAGGAAUAUCUUCCACUAUCUUUCCCGUGAGGAAUAUUCCCCCUUGAUAAAAUCUGAACGCUUUAGAGCGCUUUAGGAGACGAUCCGUUACCUUCCCGUUAAUUCCGUUUAGUUUUUCGUUGGUUGUGUGAACCGUUCUGUUAUACGACGGAAUGGUAAUGGCAGGCACAGAAAGCACUUUAGACGAGAUGAUGGAAAAUGCGCGCAUAUCGAAGGGGACGAAGAGGAAGGAACUGAGUAAACAGGGCUCAACGGGCUCCAUGGAUUCUGACAUUUCUGAAGAUUCUUCAGCGUCCAGCAACUCAUGGUCGGGUGAUUCUGGUGAUCCCACCAGCCAGCUGUUGGUUGCCCACAUGGAUCCCGCUAUCUUCUGUGAUCGCGAUUUGAUGGAUCUGUUUGAGAACGAAAUUCGAAAAUAUGACCCGGAAGCCAAAAUUUAUUAUUUCAAAAACUUCUGCCGAGCGCGAAUCGACAUGGAUUCUGUUGCUACUGCCUGCGUAGCAAAACAAGAACUUCAUGAUCGUCACUUUGGAAGCCGAACUUUGAAAUGCUAUUAUUUCAGGGAUUUGUUACUUGGCCGUCGUAACUCUGACCACCUCGAGUUGCCACCACUAGACAAACAGUUUCUAAUUAGUCCACCUGCUUCACCGCCGGUUGGAUGGGAGCCUGUCCAUGAAGGCGAACCAAUUAUUGACUAUGAUUUGUUGGCAGCCUUGGCAUCGUUGCAACCAGGCGAAAGUCAUGAGCUGCAUCCGGGCGCCCAGGAACGCAACAUACCAGCCAUUAUCUUGCAGCCGUGUGACGAGAUUGAAGACGAUUUGAAGACCGCAUCAUUUUCCCCGAUGGAUCUGAGUGAUGAGGAUGAUGAUGACGGAGAAAACCAACCUGUGCAUCAAAAGAAAUUUAAGCCACGUAUAACACAAACGCGCCGGCCUCCGCUACAGUAACGGAAAAUAAAGGGUAGGCGUAUUUAUGGAUGAAUUGUCGGAACUAAUACGGAAACACGCUGGUAAAAGUUCUUCCCGUUUAUUUUGUCGAAUACUCCUGUACGCUUUCUUACUUUGUGUGGAAAUUUGUGUUAGAUAGAUUUGUCAUACGUUAUGGUGUAUAGCGGACGAGCGUUUGUCUUGCAUUCUUUGCUUUUGCUCCUCGUCGUUUAUAUGAUUUUUUCAUGAGCUGUUGGGAGUUCAUUGUACUGUGGCCUGAAUAUGCAGCUUUAUGUACAAAAUGUAUAA